AUGGAAGCGUAUAAGCGUAUGCGAGAAAAUAAGAAUUGCAAACCCAAUAAAGCAAAUGCGAGAAAAUGGAAGCGUAAAAAGAAGAAAGGACUGACCCAAAAGGGUGCUGAGCGAAAGAGUGGGGGAGAAAGAGGUACCUGGGCUGAGCUUGGUGAGAUUGGUGAAUGGGUGUUGAUCGUCGCUGGUGUUGCCGUUGAGCCAUGGCAGAGGAGUAAGAGGGGUCUGGGGUAG